AAAAAAAAAAAAAAAUCUUUACCGAAGUCUCUUGGUGUUAACCACUGUAUUGCUGUAUUGCUGCUUCUUCAAUAAUAACCUUAAUAAGAAUUCUGGAUUCAGCCUUUUUAUUGAUUUUUUUUUGUUCUCGGUGAAAUUGAUCCAUUAAUUUUUUUUUCUAGUUGAAUAUUUUUUUUUGAUACCAAGAAAUAGAAAAAUUCAUUAUGAAUUAUCAACAACAAGAUCUAAGACAUUCAAAACGUUUCCAAAUGAAAUCCACUUUGUUACAUAUUUUAUUUCCCGUACGUAUUAUUGCCUGUAUAACAUUGGCUGUAUUAUCCUAUUGUCAUUGGAUUGAUAUUGCUGAAAAUGCUGAAAAAGAUAGUGAUGAAACGAAUAUUCGUGGUAAACUUUUAUACAUCACUUUGUUUGCUAUCGUCAUAUUUUUGGCAUCAAUAAUAGGAUGGUCAGGUGUUAUCCGACGAAAUUGGUCAUUAGUUGUUGCAUUCAAUGGUACAGCAAUGUUAAUCAUUAUGAUCGAUAUUUAUAUGACAAUAUUCGAUAUACGUUUCUAUUUGAUUUCAUUGAUUAUUACAAUCAUAAUGCUUAUUGUUAAUAUAUUUUUAGCUAUUGAUUUGGAUGAACGUUUAGCUCGAAUUUCUAAACGAAUGCAAUCAUCAAAUAGUACUGAACAGGUUGCCAUUGCAAUCGAAAAAGUUGUCCAAAACAAAGAUCAAGCUUAA